CGCAAGUCUAUUUCAAGUGAGGGGGUAGGUAUUAUUGUUCGAGAGGAAGUAAGCACAAGUAAAAUAGUAAAUUUGACCUCGAUCUGAUCCUUUUGAAACAGCAACGACGGACCAUUGUGUGUUUUACUCUCUGCUAAUUUGUUAUCUGACUAUUCAUUUGCAUCUCAUAGACUGACCUUCACUUUCCAGGAGAGUUAUUUCAUUUCUGUUACUUGUGAUGAGCUUGACUUGGUUAUGGUAAACGGACUUUUGCUAUGUUGACUUGGUUAUUCAGUCGUUGCUCCCGUCUUUCACUCUAUUGUCCUCAUUUUCCACAACCCUUUUCCUUUUGCUUAUAUGUGCUCAAGGAGUUCCAUUAUGUUGAUAAAAUCUCACACGGCAAGGAUGCCUGUCAUGAAAGCAGCAGAAGAAGCCUUGCUUAUGCUCAUGCUUCUGCUAUUUGUUUGGUCACUAGCACUGGGUACAUUUACCUUUUGUUAUGCUGAAGGUCGUCCUAGUGACAUCAGUUGCUUGAAAUCUAUUAAAGAGUCGUUGGAGGACCCUUUGAGUUCCCUUGGCAAUUGGAACUUUAACAACAGCACAGAAGGUUUUAUCUGCUAGUUUAGCGGGGUUGAGUGCUGGCACUUUCAUGAGAACAAAGUCCUCAACCUCAACCUCUCCAGCAUGGGGCUUAAGGGCAACUUCCCUCGGGGAAUCAAAAACUGCACAAGCUUAAUGCAGUUAAACCUUUCCCACAAUCACCUCUCUGGGCCAAUCCCAUGGGACAUAUCUGGUUUGCUUUACUUUGCGACCAGCCUUGAUCUCUCCAACAAUAACUUUUCUGGUCAAGUCCCAGAGAGCCUAGCCAACUGCAGUUUUCUUAAUAUACUUGGCCUUGAUCACAACCGACUUACUGGUGCACUACCAGCUCAACUAGGCAUGCUAAACCGGAUCAAGAUAUUUAGGGUCAAUAAUAAUCUCUUGUCGGGGCCAAUUCCUCCAUUUUCCUAUAGUUAUUAUAUUACAGGGGAGAGUUUAGCAAAUAACAAAGGACUCUGUGGGUUUCCUUUGGAAAGUUGCGAUAACAACAAAAGGAUAUCAUAUGUUCAUUCCUGCAAAGUUCCCUUCGGAAUUGGUUAUGCGCUUUCAUUCAUAGCCGUGUUUGUCUCAUGUUGCGUGCCAUGGGUAGAAAUUAAGAUGGAGACGAGGUGGAUAGUAUUCUCUCUACUAGAGAAGAGAAACAAGAGAAAACAAGCUCAUCAUAAUCUGAUCAAAUUUGGCGCUGAAAAACAGUUUGGCAGGUUUGAAAGGACAAUAAAUAAAAUGAGUUUUACAGAACUGAGUAAAGCAACUGACAACUUCGGUUUGGACAAUGUUAUUGGAUUUGGAAAAAUGGGGACUAUGUACAAGGCCAAACUUUCAAAUGGUUGGUUUCUUGCAGUUAAGAAGUUGCAUCAUGACUCUGAACAAUCUGAGAAGCAAUUCAUAUCAGAGCUACUGGCUCUGAGCAGAUUGAGGCAUGUAAACUUGAUUCCCCUGCUCGGAUUCUGCAUACAAAACAAUGAGAAGCUACUUGUGUACAAAUACAUGUCAAACGGAAACCUCUAUAAUUGGUUGCACCCAGUGGCAGAUGCUAAUAAGAUUUUGGAAUGGCCUUUGAGGGUUAAAAUCGCCAUUGGGGUUGCAAGAGGCUUGGCAUGUCUCCACCACAACACCAAGUUCCGAAUAGUCCACCGCAGCCUAAGCUUAAACUGUAUAUUGCUUGAUCGUUAUUUUGAACCCAAUAUAUCCAACUUUGGAGAUGCAAUCAUCUCGAACCGAGGAGGAGUAAUGUUUUUGUGCUCAAGUGACAGUGAGUCAGGGCAGUUUGUUAACAGCGGUCUGUGGGAGUCAGAUUUUGUGAAGAAGGAUGUGUAUGACUAUGGAGUUGUGCUUGUUGAGCUAAUCACAGGAAAGGAGCCUAUAACUACUGGUUCAUCAAACAGUCUGCACAAGACUUUGGUUGAAUGGAUUGAUCAUGUUUCAACUAGCUCAUUCAUUUUCAAUGACGCCAUUGAUAAAUAUCUGAUUGGGCAAGGGUUUGAUGAGGAGAUCAUUCAGUUUCUUAAAAUUGCAUCUGACUGCGUUCAGCCAUAUCCAUUUCAGAGGUCAACAAUGCUUGAAGUAUACAGAAGACUCGGCACAAUUGGGCAGAAAUAUGACAUUACAUGUGAUUCUGGAUUUCUGAUAUAACUUGGGAACAGGAUCCAGUACGGGUCGGCAAAGAACUUGAGCACUAGAAUAAACAAAACAGGGAACUGUAAUUGUUGUUAAUUUUCAAUUAGUUUGGAAAGCUGAAUGUGUAGACUAUCAUUGAGACAGAUAAAAAAUGUUGUAUUGUAUAUUAUGAGUCUCUAACUAGUAACUACAAUGUAUGAUUUGUGUUGGUGGUGAAA